GUUAUCAUGGCUGCCGAAUCGAAAAAGAAGAAUAUUUACCAACGCCGCGGCUGAGAGAGCGUCUAGGAUAAUUUUAUGCUUAGAUAAUUAUGGCGUCCAAUAAUUCUUCCAGCUACGAUCGAGUGAUGAGGACCGCGAUUUUGGCCGAUAGUUGUGGUAUUUUGCGGCACAUUGAAGAGCAGACCGACCUCUUCCCUCCCCUUUUCCUCCAGAGCGACCCUGACGAGCUCAAGACUUCGGCCUCUGUUUUUCUGAAAAAGGGCGACUUUUGGAACUCGAUCGUGUCCUUCAACAAGAGCAUCCUGAUGACGUCUGAGGGCAGCGAGGAGCGCGGCUUGCUCUACUUCAAGCGCAGUGGCGUCCUUUUCACCCUGGGCUUUUACCAAGAGUCCAUCAGCGACGCCCAACUCGCCCUGAAGAACAACUGCCCUGAAAAGUUUGCCGCCCGAUUGCACCUGCUAAUCGCUCGGGCAAAGAAGGCCCUGGGUCUGAAGGAUGAGGCCGAGGAGGAGAUGAAAACCAUCAAGCAGAUCAUUGACAAAAUGAAGAUCAAACCCGAGGCAAAGUUGAGGGGCAAGGACUGCCUGAGGAAGGAGUUUGAAGAGAAACACAAGCCUGUGAUGCCUCGCAUCAGGGUCGAGUACCUGCCGCCGCCUCCUCUGACUAGCGGUCCGAACCCUGAAGACCCUCGAGUGUAGGACGCUCUCACCAUCAAGAAGGACAACAGUCUGAUUGCCAGGAGGAGGAUCAGCUUAGGUGUUGUCCUGGUCGUAGAGGACCCUUUGUUUUACAUCAACUCGUCCAUGAUCACAAGCCUCGAGCCCAGCUGGAUCCAUUGCUCGGAGUGUAUUAAACAGUGCCUCAAUCUGCAGCCUUGCUCAACUUGCUCACUGGUGUUGUACUGCAGCCAGAAAUGUGCAGACGAUGCGUGGCAGAAGCACCACAAAGUGGUGUGUGCCCCGGCCUAAAAGAUUUUCCACGAGUUGGCCAGCAAGGAGAGCGAUAAAGCCAAUGGUUGUAGUGUUGUGCGAGUGUCCAACCAGGCCCUGGAGAUGUUGGCAGCUUUUGGCAAGGACAACUGUGUUAGGGCGCUCGUCGAUGGCCAAGUCUCGAGCGACGCCUCCCCUGAACUAAAAAACUUUUUGAACCUUGAGAAGAUUCAAGUCAUGGCGGAAAUGGCCACUUGUGAAGUUGGAGUGUCCGAAACUUUCGAGAAGGUCGUGGAGAGCAUCGACGGCCUCGACAAGGACAAGAAGGCCAGUCUGCUUGAGUUCCUCCAGAGGGCCAUGCCCAUCGUCCUCACCUACAGUGGACUCUUUCGUGACGCGUUGCUGGAGUGCAAAAAUGACGAGUUCAGCGUCUGCAAAUUAGGAGUCGUCGGCCACAGCUUCUACCCUCGACUCAAGUCUGUUCCUGUAGGGUGUGAAGUGAACGCCGCGCUUUGUUCUCACCUGAAGACCUUUGUUCUGAAAGCCCUGAGGCCCAUUGACGCUGGCGAAAGGAUUUACUUCAUUUCCCCCUUUCACUUCAGGAAACCCCCAAAGCCUCAAGGCAAGUUCAGUACAAGGAUUGGUACGGGCCGAGCUACAAAUGCCAAUGCAGGCCGUGCAACGAGAAUUGGCCUCUGUCGGAGAACCAUCCUCUCGCCCAUGACUUCAUCAAGAGGAAUCCCAAGUACAAAAAGAGCGGACUGCUGAAGGAGCUUCCGGCUUUGACCAAGGACUGGAUGAAGCAGCUCCCCCUGAACUGGUUCACCCCAGACAAACUUGACUUGUGCAAUAGAAUCCUCGAGUUCUACGUAGGAAAGAGGAGAGAUGAUCUCCAGUGCCACAUUGCCAUUGAUCUGCUGGCGCGGCACUUCCACUCCAGCACCAAGAGGUACUUCGAAGGCGACAACAAUGACGCCUUGCCUGACCUUGACCACUGCCUCGUCUUCAAAAAAAUUGAAUGACUUCAUAUAUAGUUUUGACCAAUAAUAAGGUGCUGAUUUAAGUUUUAUUCUGACUUAGUCUUAUAUAAUUAGUAAAAGCGCCUAAACUAAGUAGUACAAUCUGUUGAUGGUUUAUGAUUAAUUAAUUGCAACGUUUUUUAACACAAAACUAAAGCUUGUCUACCAACAAUAAAAUUAUAAUCCUUUUAUCCUUGUUAAA